ACAGGAAGUGUGAACAUGGCAAUAACAGCCUCAUAAAUCAUUGUGUCCAGCACAGAAACGAGUUGCUGUCCAUCCUGGCUAAUGGAACACAGCAGAUAACAACACAACCGCAUUAGAAAGAUACAGACCCCACGACCGAGGCUUCCCCCCGAGUUUUAACCCCGUGGUCCGUCCAUCUAUGAUGGAACGGGCGAUGGAGCAGCUCAACGUACAGCUCAGUCGAUUGACCCGGUCUCUUCGCCGGGCCAGGACCGUGGAACUCCCGGAAGACAAUGAGACAGCGGUGUACACACUCAUGCCAAUGGUCAUGGCAGACCAGCACAGAUCCGUGUCAGAGUUGCUGCUCAACUCCAAGUUUGAUGUGAAUUAUGCUUUUGGACGGGUGAAGAGGAGUCUGCUACACAUCGCAGCCAACUGUGGCUCGGUGGAGUGUCUGGUCCUGCUGCUAAAGAGAGGAGCCAAUCCAAACUAUCAGGACAUCUCAGGCUCCACCCCUGUGCACCUUGCUGCCAGGAAUGGACAGAAGAAGUGUAUGGGGAAACUGUUGGAAUAUAAUGCUGACGUCAAUAUCUGUAACAAUGAAGGCCUGACUGCUAUCCACUGGUUAGCAGUAAAUGGGCGAACAGAGCUCCUGCAUGAUCUGGUCCAGCAUGUGUCCAAUGUGGAUGUUGAAGACGCCAUGGGCCAGACAGCGCUACAUGUAGCCUGUCAAAACGGACACAAAACAACGGUGCUUUGUCUUCUGGAAAGUGGAGCUGACAUUAACCGACCAAACGUCUCUGGAGCAACGCCUCUUUACUUUGCUUGCAGCCAUGGCCAGAGAGACACAGCCCAGAUCCUUCUCUCUCGAGGUGCCAAGUACAUCGCUGACAACAAUGGAAUCACUCCACUGGAUGUCUGUGUGCAGGGAGGAUAUGGAGAAACCUGUGAGAUUCUCAUCCAGCACCACAGCAGGCUGUUCUUGACCCUCAUCCAGAUGACGCAGAAUAAUGACAUUAAAGAGAACAUGCUCAGGCAGGUCCUGGAACAUGUCUCUCAGCAGAGUGAUAGUCAUUACCACAGGAUCCUGACCAGUCUUGCUGAAGUGGCUACCACCAAUGGACACAAGCUUCUCAGCCUGUCUAGCAGUUAUGAAGCGCAGAUGAAGAGUCUGCUGAGAAUUGUUCGUAUUUUCUGCCAUGUGUUCCGCCUGGGGCCUUCAUCACCAAACACUGGCAAUGACAUGGGCUACAAUGGAAACAAGACGCCACGCAGCCAGGUUUUUAAGCCUCUGGAGCUACUGUGGCACUCCCUGGAUGAGUGGCUGGUGCUCAUCUCUACAGAGCUGGAAAGGAAUAGGAAGAACCCAUCUUCCUCCUCCAGCAGCGAUAUAGCCUCUCUGCUUCUGAAACAGCGUGAGUCAGAACAUGCUGGGGCCACGCCAAAGCUUCCCUCCUUGCUGGAUCAUCAGAUUGUCAUCGAAUCAGAGGCGUAUGCUGACGGGGAGGACGUCAUCUCCAUGACAGCCAGUCGACUCAGUGCUGUUAUCCAGGCUUUCUACAUGUGUUGCUCCUGUCAGAUGCCUCAAGGAAUGACAUCACCCCGCUUCAUUGAGUUUGUCUGCAACAAUGAUGAUGUGCUCAAGUGUUUCGUUAUCAGAAAUCCAAAGAUCAUCUUUAACCACUUCCACUUUCUCCUUGAAUGUCCAGAGCUGAUGUCACGCUUCAUGCAUAUCAUUAAAGGCCAGCCCUUUAAGGAUCGGUGUGAGUGGUUCUACGAGCAUCUGUUGGCCGGCCAGCCAGAUUCUGACAUGGUUCAUCGUCCAGUCAAUGAGAAUGAUGUGCUGCUCAUCCACAGAGAUUCCAUAUUUAGGAGUAGCUGUGAGAUGGUUUCAAAGUCCACCAAUGAAAAACUCAAACAAGGCAUUGCUGUUCGUUUCCAUGGUGAGGAGGGUAUGGGCCAAGGUGUAGUUCGGGAGUGGUUUGACAUUCUAUCCAAUGAGAUCAUCAACCCAGACUACGCUCUGUUCACUCAGUCAGCUGAUGGUACAACAUUUCAACCCAACAGCAACUCAUCAGUGAACCCAGACCAUCUGAACUACUUUCGAUUUGCUGGUCAGAUUCUGGGCCUCGCUCUGUACCACCGGCAGCUGGUCAACAUCUACUUCACACGCUCAUUCUACAAACACAUACUCGGUAUCCCAGUGAAUUACCAGGACGUGUCAUCUAUCGAUCCAGAGUAUGCUAAGAAUCUGCAGUGGAUCUUGGACAACGACAUCAGCGAUCUGGGCCUGGAGCUCACCUUCUCAGUAGAGACUGAUGUGUUUGGGGCGAUGGAGGAAGUGCCACUAAAACCUGGAGGGACUAGCAUCCUGGUCACCCAGGACAACAAGGCCGAGUAUGUGCAGCUAGUGACAGAGCUGAGGAUGACACGAGCCAUCCAGCCUCAGAUAAAUGCAUUCCUGCAGGGAUUUCACACCUUCAUCCCCGCCUCGCUCAUUCAGCUCUUUGACGAAUAUGAACUGGAGCUCCUACUAUCAGGGAUGCCAGAGAUUGAUGUGCAGGACUGGUGUAGGAACACUGACUACACCAGUGGAUAUGACGCUCAGGAGCAAGUCAUCCAGUGGUUCUGGGACGUGGUGACGGGCCUGACCCAGGAGGAAAGGGUUCUCUUGCUUCAGUUUGUCACGGGAAGUUCCAGGGUUCCUCAUGGUGGAUUUGCCUACCUGAUGGGUGGGAGCGGUUUACAGAAAUUCACUAUUGCUGCAGUCCCGUACACCUCCAACCUGCUGCCUACCUCGAGUACCUGUAUCAACAUGCUGAAACUUCCAGAAUACCCAAGCAAGGAGGUCCUGAGGGACCGCCUGCUGGUGGCUUUGCACUGUGGGAGCUAUGGCUAUACCAUGGCCUGAGCAUGCUGAAGUGUCUGCAGGUUUGACCGUCUCCAGCCUCCAUCUCCUUCCUCCUCCACAGACGACUCUUUUGCAGUCAGCAGGUUCUUUUGCUGGAUAAACAGGGAAAAUCCAGCAUCUUAAACAGAGAUCCAGAUCUCCCUUCAUGCCUGUGCCAGGAUUUCAUUUUUCGGCUUUCAUUGGAGAGACAGAGAGUGACAGGAAUGCAGAGGGAGAACCUGCAGCAUGCGGUCGCCUGCUCAUCCCGCUGAGCUAAACCAGCACCCAGAAGUUAAUUUUUGGGUGAUUUAUGCAAAUCAUAUAUUUAAUAGAAAGGUUUUUCAUGCAGAUAUUUAUUUAGGAUUAAAACAUUAUUUAGAGGAUACAUUUUCUACUUAAAACACAUACCAACACACAUGUUGUGUUGAGAUUAUAUAUCAAAGUGCAUCAUAAACAUAUCACAUGAACGGUACAAUAUAUGGAAUCACAUUUUGUUUUUGUGCUGUCUCAGGCCUUCAUCAUUCGUUUACUCUUUCUUCUUUGGUCCAUGACUUAAUAAGCCAACACUAGGAUGGCCAUUAACACAGCAACCAACUGCACAAAGUAUCAAAGCUUCAUGUGACUCACGGUUGGGUUGGGUUUUUGUCACGUGACAAAAACCCAACCUGAGCAACUAAACAUAAAGUCACAAACACGGAACAACUCCUUAAACAUGUAGAUUUCAGAUGAUGUGUGAACGUCUGACUCCAUGUCCUCUUACAGGCGGCUCCUGCUUUGACAGAUUUGUCCUACGUUGUCAUGGCACCGCUAAAACUGUAUUCAAUAAGAUUUUGUCAUUUAAACCUUCUUUUAGGCUCCUCCCUGAAAGCUGAAACCAAAGUCACCUGGAUGAGUGACGAAACAUUUCUCCCACUGAAAACACUGAUGAUGAUGAUGAUGAUGACAUUUUGAAAGCAGGACUCUUUUUCAGUUUGUUUUGUUAUUGUUGAUACAAAAAUACGUUGAAAGAGAUGGGCAUCGUGCCAUUAAUGUAUCAGUGCUGUAUUUUUCCUAUUUGUAAAGGGAGCAUAUAAAUAAUGUAGAGAUCAUUUAAUCUGUCAUAUUUUUUCAGUUCCAAGCCUGAAAUGUGUUUUUUAUACAGAUACUGGUGUUGCUGAUGUCUCUUACUGAAAUGUAUAUUUUGCUUUGUGAUUUUAUGUAAUGACACUCGGACAUGUUGCCAUUAAGCAGCAGAGGCAAACAUU